AUGCAGAAACGAGGCUUGAAAGCGGCCAUGUUCAUGGGAUCCGCUCUUGCAAUUUCGUCAGCCAAAGCUGAUGGCAAAGAGAUUGAGAUAGUCUCUCGGGAAGUCACCUCAGGUCUUCAAAAUGGCCCAUUUAGUGUCUUCACAAGUGGCACCAGUUAUCCAACCAUUACCAUGGAAUGCAGAAGUCAGGAUGGCUCAACAUCCGCAGUCGCAGAUCUAGAGAUAAGAGCCGUGCCUACAGAGGAUGACCUGCCAACAGAGAUUGGUUCCUUUGGGGUUUGCAACUCUGGUGGCGAGUGGGAAUGGGGGGCACAACCCCUUUGUGUACAGGUGGAAAGAGUAUCCCUUUGUGGUAACUCCAAGGGUGUUUUCUGUUCAGGCAUUGACUCUUUUGGCAGUGUUGGUGUACGGAAUAUCAUGGUUCCAGAUGGAGAUUCUGUGACAGUUUCCCUGAUGGGGACAGCCACAGUCAGUUUGAACUAUGACAGCUAUUGCCAUACAGCAGUUGGAAAUGGUGUGUCUGUAAAAUCAUCAAUCAAUGAAUUAGAUGCCAUCUACCCAAGAUACACUGAACCAGCCUGGACAGUUACGCUUGCAGAUGUUGGAAUGGAACUCCCGGAAUGCAACACCUGCAUAGAUGACUGUGAACCGGGUGGGUCUGAAUUUGACACUUGUGCUGCCGCCAAGGGGACGGACGUCACCCUAUACCCAGAAGAGACACACAAUACUACUCUUCCCAGCAACUCUUCCAACACAACUGUCCUUGAACAUACCAAAACUAUUGACAUUAUUUCACAAGAUGUGAUCUCCUCUCUUCAAAACGGUCCCUUCAGUGUCAUCACAAGCGGUUCAACAUACCCCUCCAUCAGCAUGGAGUGUCGGAGCAUGGAUGGUUCCAUCUCUACCCCAUUGGCAAAUAUUCAAAUGAUCGGUCCGGUUCCCACUGAAUAUGACAUUCCCAUGGAUCUUCGGCUGUAUUGGCCCUUUGGAGUUUGCAACAAUCGUGGAGAUUGGGAAUGGGGGGCACAACCAAUCUGUGUGCAGGUAGAAAGAGUAUCCCUGUGUGGUGGCUCUAAGGGGGUGUUCUGUCCUGGAAUUGACUCUUUUGAGGGUGUUGGCAUCAGAAAUAUCACUGUCCCUGAAGGAGACUCAGUCACCAUCGCCCUUAUGGGAACAGCAACAAUAAAUACAAACUAUGACAGCUACUGUCACACAGCUGAUGAAGGCACUGUAUCUGUGGAGUCCAAGAGUGAUGAGUUAAGUGUGGUCUACAGAAGAUAUGAAGAGCCUUCCUGGUCUAUUACAUUGGCUGGUGUUGGGGAUGUACUACCAGGGUGUUCCACUUGCGAGGACGGAUGCAACAAUGGAGAGUCCCAAUUUGACACAUGUGGAUCUGAGGGUGGUAGUGGCAAUGUCUCCCGCGGCGACUUGCCGUAA